ACACACACACACAUGAGUGGGGCACGCACACACAGCAACUAGUAAAUUCUGCGACACUUACGAAAAAUAUUUUUUUUUUUGUGUGUGUGUCGCCUAUGUUAAACAAUUUCUAUUGCUAAUUCCACUGCACAUUGUUUGCACACAUUCGGCCAGUUGAGGCACUUGGCUGGCAAUUAUUGUUUAGUUUUAAUUGUUAUGCGUUUUGUAUUAAAUCGAGUUAAUAUAAAUUUUUGUUGCGUGUUUUGCUGUUGUGUGCAACGAGUUUUUUUUUGGUACUGUGUGACCGAAGUGUGCUAAAAAUUCAACAGCUGUUUUCUGUGGUAAAAUCUGGUCACAUCAAGUCUGUUAAAAAUCCCAAAAAUGGUCCUACUUUGGGCCAUCACUUAUCGAUAAGUGCUAUACUUUAGUUAAACAGUGCCAUUUUGAGUUUAGCAGAUGUUAAGGCAAUCUGAUGAGCCCCCUGGGGGCCAAUUGCAGGCGCGCGCUGCACUUGAAGAGGCGCGAGUUGUACCAGCAAUGCUUUCAAAUACUGGGCGUUCACGAAUCCGCCGACCAGGAAACGGUUCGUCGCGCCUAUUUGGACUUGGUAAAGCGGGUGCAUCCCGAUGCGGACACCGACGAGGCGAGUAACGAGCGUUUCCAGCAGGUGGACGAGGCGUUCAAAAUGCUGCAGGAAAAGUUCGCCAAGAGUCGACGCAACAUCAACGAAGACGAGGAGGAGGAAAUGGUGUUUGAUAUCAAGCACACGGCGCCGCAGCAUCGCCAAUAUUUGUCCAAUGAUGGCAUUGGCGUGGGCACGCCCACCCAACGCCAGAAGCAAUAUCAACAGGUGCGUGCGAUGAAAGCACAGGAGCGCGUACUGGAGCAUCGCAUCGAGAAGGCAGCUGCCGAGGAGGGUGCGUUAAUGCGCAAAGGCGGCAGCUAUUAUGGAAAGCAUGCGAUCAAGACCAAAUACGGCAUUGAUCGUGUCGUCGAGGAUCUGAUACAGGAGGCCAUGUCCAAGGGCGAUUUCAAUAAUCUGAAUGGCGCAGGCAAGCCGCUAUCCAGCGCCCAGUCACAGAAUCCCUAUCUGGACUUCACCACGCACAAGCUCAACAAAAUAAUGCUGGACAAUGGCUUUACGCCGGAAUGGAUUACGCUCAGUCGCGACAUACGCGAGGCUGUCGGCAAAUUGAAGCAGCAGAUGCGCAUCGAGCGCAGCUACUACGGCGAUUGGCCCCUGGCCACGGCCCAGGAGCAGGCAGCCUGGCAGAAAUUUGUUCAGUCGCAUGCGGCCGAUGUGGAACAGCUGAACAAAACAAUUGAUAAGUAUAAUCUCAUAGUGCCCAUACUGGAGAAUCAAUACUUUCGCCUGAGCCUGGACAAGCUGGCCGAAUGCAUCUUCAAGGAGCCGGACUUGCCGCGCAACGUGAAGCGCCAGCAGGACGCAGCCAAGAUUGCGACUGGGGCAACCAGCGAAAGGGGCUUUAUGGUAAAUCUCUUCUCAUUCUUUCUGUAAACUAAAUGUUAAAUAAUAAUGCAUAAUUGGUGAUAUUAGAUUAGAUUAGAGCAUGCAUCGUGAUAUGUAAAUAAAGCAUAUGCCAAAGCAAGAAAAUAAGUUAAAUAUA